UUAAACUUGUUUUGGUCAUGAAGGACUUGGUGCUUUUGGCUCAAUGACUCACUUAAAACACAACAGAGAUGCUCAUUUGUUGCCACCACCUACUCGGGCAAAGGCAUAAUUUGCAGAAAUGGUCGACUCGAGUCACUGCACUGAAUCAAAAUCCCUACUACUACAGGAUUGAUUACAUAACCUUUUAACCAUCCAUCCAUCCAGGAGGGGGUAGGGGGUUAGAGGUUCCCCAUGAGAGUUUCUUCGUCCAUCCGUGUUUAUUACUAAAACUUUAAUUAUCUAAACAUUACAUUUCAGAAGUAAUCUACCCAACAUUAUAGCAAAGAUAUGUGGGGAUUUAUAGACUGCUGUCAAAAUCCAUGUGAUGGCCUCAAUACAUUAAAAUAAAACUGCAAAUUUGAAUUGCAGAUACCUGCAGUUGUAUAACUCCAAUCUGAAGGAAUAUAAAGACUAUGGGUCUAAACUCUUGAAGAGAAAUGGUCCAUUAUCUCAUAGAAGUCGUUGCAAUCAUGCGCCAACCGCCUGUUUAUGCGUGCACAGUCAAAUGAAGUAUACUUUGAAAAGCUAGUGUUCGUCUGUAUGCAGACGCUUUAAAAGCCCCGUUCACAUGCCAGGGAUAUUGUCGCUUGGUGUCGCUAGACUCUGCGAUCUGUGUUGCUGGUGGGCGUUCUUACUGCUCUUGCUUUAAUGUUAUUGGUGGACUGCACAUCUGGCUGUAGCUUUGGAAAUUCUGAUUACAGAUUAUACUGCCGGUACAACUAAGAUAUCAUUCUAAUCUGACAUGGAAUCAGUUCUAUCGCUUCUAAAAAUUAACAUUUCGAAGGGGUUAGUGUUUUUACAUAACUUGCAGCAGUGCUCAAUGCAUCAUAUCAUGAACAAGAUGAACGAUCUAUCAAUGUAAGAAUCAAUUAACAAGCUCCGGAAUGUCACUCGUCAUUUGCAUAAAGUUGAAAUUUUCUCAACUUUGUCUGUCCCUCGCCAUGGCGAUCUCUGUCGCCAACAGUCACUACAGCUCGUGUCGCUCUGCUCGCAGUGAAAAUGAAUGGGAUUGUGUCGCUUUGUCCCACGAUGCCACCAGUGGUAUUCACGUCAAAACCGAAAUACACUUUGGGCUUAACACUACAAGAUCAGCAGACCACAGUAGACAAACACAUGCGAUAAAAUGAAAGAACAUAAAACCUUCUUCACUAUUUGCAUAUACAUCACAAAGUCUCAACAGGUCUUUUCCUUCCCUCAGACAUAUUGCUCAAAUUCACUCAGAACAGCUUCUUACAAACCUUAUAAAAGGUUUAAGUGAAAAAUGUAGCCUAAUUUGAAUCAUUUAGCAGACACAUUAUUCCAGUGAUUGACCAAUGAAGAAAAGCACAAACAAUUUAGCAUACAGGAGCAAUAAUAUAAGCAGACACCGAAUUUCAAAAGAAUCAGAGCAGUAGAAAAUCCUUAUACAGUUGGUGAUACAUUUUAAAACUACAAAUAUUAAAUACAUGAAUACUGAACUAAAAUUUGAAUUUGUCACUUCAUUUAUUGCUUAGCAUUUUAAUAUGUUUUUGUUCCAUAUGUAUGAUUUUUACAAUUCUGGCAGACUGGCUUCCUGCAUACUUCCAGUGUGCUGUAACAUGAGCAGCGCCGCGCGUGUUUUAGUACGCAGCAUUGAGCUGCAGCUCUGUGGAGGGAGGGGGCAGAAUGGGUCAUCGAGUUCAUUCGUCUCUCAUUCGCACUAGAGCAGCAGCGCCCUCGAUAGAGACACAAUCUUUCUCUCUCUUCUCUCAAUCCAGCUGGCAAGAGAAAAGUGUCAGAUGGAUGCUGAGGCGCAAAACAAGAGCUUUUAAAAUACCGUGCAAAAUGUACGUGCCUCCGCGCCUCGCGUGACCUUACAACAGGACAAAGAGAGUCGAUGAGCCGCUUGCUGCUGCUGCCAUUUUCAGGUUUAGUUCAGUCGACGAAACUCUAAAAGCGGAAUAAUACAGAAAUACUCGGUGUAUGGAGAGCAGCGAUGAAGCGCGUAUCGCUGUGAAUGAUUAUGGCCGAUAGUCACCGGAGGGGGAUGGACAGAGGCAGGAUGACAUCAGGAUACUCGCAGCAGUGUGAGAGCAGCAAAGCAUCAGACAUACAGGAGCUCGCGUCCAAACGUGUGGACAUCCAGAAGAAGCGCUUCUACCUGGACGUCAAGCAGAGCACCAGGGGUCGCUUCCUGAAGAUCGCCGAGGUGUGGAUCGGCCGAGGCCGGAAUGACAACAUACGAAAGAGCAAGCUCACCCUGUCCAUGUCCAUGGCGCCCGAUUUGCGCUACUGCCUGGGGGAUUUCAUCGAUUAUUACGCGCACAUCGGGCUCCGAGGAUGCCAGCAGGCGCCGCGGCCGGAGGAGCAGAGUAACGGCCAGGGCCGCGUGAUGGACUCCCGCAGGAGAGCAGCGCCGGAUCAGCCGGCAUCAUCCACCGGCUCCGCCGCGUCCGAGGAGCAGAUCCACCGGGUGUUGAAGAGCGAGUUCAUCGAGAGGGACAACAGGAAAUACUAUCUGGACCUGAAGGAGAACCAGCGUGGUCGGUUCCUGCGCAUCAGACAGACCGUCAACAGAGGACACGGCACCAUGGGCUACUACGGUCAGGGCAUCGAGCAGACGAUCGUGCUGCCCGCUCAAGGGCUCAUCGAAUUCAGGGACGCGCUGUCUCAACUCAUUGACGAUUACGGCGAUGACGAGCCCGACCGGGCCUCGCGGAACCACGAGGAGUCGCCCGAGCUCCCCGAGGCCGCGUCGUUCCGUGUCGACAAUAAACGCUUUUAUUUCGACCUGGGCUCGAACAGGUUCGGCGUGUUUCUGAAGAUUAGCGAGGUUCGGCAGCCUUACAGGAACACCAUCACCGUUCCUCUGAAAGCCUGGGCCCGUUUCGGCGAGAACUUCAUCAGGUAUGAGGAGGAGAUGCGACACAUCUUCAGCUGCCAUAAAGACAAGCGGACAGACACAGACGAGCACGAUGAUUGACAAAAAUAAUGCUUCUGUUGUUGUCGAAAGGUGUACCUCUAACGUCUUACUGUACUAGUUAACUCUGGACAACCACAACAGCACUUUCACAUCCAACUCCCUCAUGUUCUUCUCCAUUAAUCAUACAUUACUGUGGUUUAUUUUCAUAUAGAGCUCAUAAUCAAGCAGAGAGGCUCUGUUGAUUUUAAUGUGUCUGGUGGAAUAGAGAGGUUCGGCUUUUUGCAGUUAUUCUGAAUCUGCAGUGUGUGUGUGUGUGUGUGUGAGACAGAGACAGAGACAGCUCUGCUUGUGUACUGUAUAUCAGUGUGAUAGUAAAUCAAGAAUGAAUGAUUGAAUACUUCCUUUGGCUUAAAGGAAGAUUUCGGGUUCUAUACAAGUUAUUCUCACUCAACAGCAUUUCAAAAAGUCAUUUCAACCCAUCCCUCCUUUUCUUUAAAAAAUCAAAAAUCACGGUUCCAGUGAGACUCUUACAGUGGAAAUGAAUGGGGACCAUUUUUGGAGGGCUUAAAGGCAGAAAUGUGGAGCUUAUCAUUUUUAUAAAGGCACUUGCGUUAAUUCUUCUGUUAAAACUCGUUGAGUGUAAAGUUGUUUAAAUCAUCAUUUUUGCGGUGGUUUUAGGAUUUAUCUCACUAAAAUCAUGUUAACACAUAUUGUUUAUGUCUUGUGUCUAUACUUUUGAAACAGCGAGUAUUUUACCAUUUACAGAUUGAAUCCAUUGACUUCCAUUGUAAGUGUCUCAUUGGAUCACAGAUAUGUGCUUGUUUUUAAAGAAAAGGAGGGACGAAUUUUUUGGUAAUCAACAUUAUUUCACAAAUGCUGUCGAUUGAGCUUAACUUGUACCAAACCUGGAAUGUUGCUUUAACAGUUUUUCAAAGGUAGUAAUAUAUAUGGGGCUAUAGUGCAAUGUAUGUAAAUUGGCAAUCAAAUAACGAUAUCUUUAAAGGAUAUAGUACACUUUUGUCUCUAACUAGAGGGUUAGGAUUUGGUCUCUAAAACAGUUUAUCAAAGGCAGUAAUAUAUGAGGCUACUGUGCAAUUUCUGAAUAGUGGUAAUCUUUGGUAACAGACGGGUUAAGACAUCAAAGAUCUAAUCAAGCACUCGUGUCAGAGAUAUUUAAUCAAUUCUACAUAUUUUGCACAGUUUCAUUAAUAAUUAUUAAGUGCUGGGAAUGUUUGAAGCUUCGUCUCAAAAGAUCAAAAGAACUGCAACACUCCAUUGCACAAACUGUGGGUCCCAUCUUAAAUCAGAAACCAAAAAGUGCAUUCAUAUUUACCUGAUUUGGGUGUACACACUAGUUGGCUUUUAUAAAAAGCUUUGUUUUUUGAUAACCAACAACCUAACUUAGAUCUGAAGUAAUCUUAGUUGAACGAUUUCAGUCUGAUCCUUGAUAAAGUUAUUGGAUUAGUCUUCUGUUUAACUAUAGAGCAUUAAACAUGACAUUGUUUGAGCCAUUCAUUUUAUACAUAAAUAUAUAGUGUGUAAAUGGCCAUGUCCUAGCAUAAGUAGUGAACUUUAAGGCUGGGUAUCGAUACAGAUCUCCUGAUGUGAUUUGAUUCCAAUUCAUAAGCUCUUGAUUCAAUUUUAAUUUCGAUUCUGCCAGAAAUUCUCUCUCAGCAAAUGCUUUAAAAUAUACAAGGAAACUUGGUACAUUAUGAAAAAAUUUACAAUGUGUCCCAAACUAUGCAGUUCAAUUGCAAUUUUUUAACAGGUAUAAUAAUCCACCCAACCAAAACUGAAGUAAACUUUAAAGGAAAAGCUCACGAUCGUUCAAAUGAAGAUUGUGAUUAAUUAGAAAAUCAAUAUUUUUUUACCCAGCCAUAGUGAACUCGCUCAAAGAUUAGAAUGUUUUUUUUACAUAGGUUUUAAACUUGGCUGUACGUAUUGAUUUUCAGCAUUGUCCAACUUUCUGACCAGACAGAUGCUGAAUCACUUGAUGAACAAUAACAUCAUAUGUGCAAUAAUUCUCCAUCUUUUUUCCUCAGUCCUUGUCAGUGGCAUUUAACAACAACUGUGCAAAAGCAACUAAAACAUUAUUAUGUUUUAUUUACAUAAAAAAUAUAAAUGGGCUGUCAAAUUAUGUUCGUUUAAAAGUAAAGCUCAAUAACAUUAUUUAGAUUUUAGCAACUAGCAUCAAACACCUGAGGAUAAAGUGAUCUUUUUUCUUGAGGAAGAACUGUCGCUGAGCUCGGCAUGUAAAAUGCACUUCAAGUAUCAUCCAGCUCAAAACAAUAGUUGUGUUCAAAAUAAGUAUAUACUGUAAUAAGUAAUAAUUUUUGGAAAAACUAUAUGAUCAUUUUGUGUUGACCCUCAAACUGCUGCCACAUCCUCAGAUGUCCCCCAUGUUUCUAAAAGCUGAAAUGGAAGGUCAGAAACAGAUACACUGGCUUGUAGGAAACAGUAUUUCAGAUUUUGGUAUAUUUAGUAUGUCAUCCAGAUAUAAAAUCUAUUCUGAAAAUGGGCAUACUAUGCACCGUAUUUGUAUGGCAUACUAAAGUUAAUUCAAAUAUACUACGAGCAGUAUGCUAGUGUACUAUCAUAGAAAUACAGUGGAUGUUAACUAGUUGCCUUUACAAAACCUUUUUUUUCUGGGGGGUUGUAGCAUUUUAGAGGCAUGGACGUUCAUGCAACUAGGCAGUGGUUUUCUUGUUGAAGCACAACUAAACAAAUAUUUAGGUUUCUUUUUUUAUUAGUACUGUUGUACUGUCUACUAAUUUAGACAUGUUCACUUGUGCAAUUAUUGUCCAGCUGACAAAAAAGCAAUGUGUUUCGGCACUUCUAUCGAUACUUGCUGAUUCAUAUAGUUUUCAUCAGCUAUUCAAUACUUUUUUUCUGUGUUUGUAAGUGUGUGCGCGUGUGUGUGUUUUACCAGAAAAUAACAGAAUUAUGAGUAUAUUUUAUGGGUUAGUGUUAAGAUCUAUAAGAGACACCUCCCACAGGAAGCACUUUAUUCAAACAGCACUUUGAGCUGCUGCACCUGCUUCAACACUACUAAGAGGACUUGCAUUUGUGCACUGUGUGAUAAUAGUGACAAUCGCUCUCCCAGAUUAACUCAUUAUAACACCUCAGCCUUUGAAAAGUACAUUCAUCUGCUCACAUUUAGCUCUUUCUGGUUUAUUUGACCAGAAUUAGUUGUGUGUUAGUUCAUAAGUGUAUCCAGGGCUCAACAAUAAGUAUUUUUUUCUUCUGUCUGACCAUCCAACCCAGUACAGAUUUUUACAAGCAUGUUCAACAAUUUCACUGGCCCCACCACAAAAAAAAAAAAAACAUAAUUAAAAAAAUUGGUUACACUUUAUUUUAUAGUGUCCUUGUUACAGUGGAAUUACACAAGUAAGUACUGAGUAAUAUUAACAACAUUUACUUACUUACUAUAGGGUUAGGGUUUGAAUUAGGGUUAGUUGCUUGUAAUUAUGCAUAAUUUACUGUUGUUACUAUAGUCAAUAGAUGUAAAAUGUAUAACAAGGUCACUGUAAAAUAAAGUGUUACCAUAAUUUUAUUUUUUGCAGUAUGUUUGCAUUUUUUUAAAAAAAAAUUUUUAAUUUGAAUUAAUAGCUGGAUAUUAUACAGCUUAUCCAGUAUUGUAUAACUCCAUGACUUGCUCAGCAAUAUUCUCUUCAAACUGUUGCCCUGCCAUGACAGUAGUUGCCCCGAAAGAGAAAACUCACGUAAAAGCGGACAGUUCACAGUAAUCUCGCUACAGCGCCCCCUUGUGGCAAAGUGGAGAACAGAAAGUACUUGAGUAUUUUUUGUCUGACAUUUUGGAACGUGACUGGCAUGAAAUCGAGCUUGCAUAGCAAGUAAAGCGUUCAUGUACUUGUGCAGAGUAUGUUUCGGCCUUUUAUUCUUGAGCCCUGAAAUCAGACCAAGAGUUUUGUCUGUUUAACUGACAACUGAUUUCAUUCCGAUUGUCUUGUUUGUUUGCUAUGGUUGUCUGCAACCAAAUUUUCUACAACAAGGGCUGCAACGGUUGGCAGUAUCUACUCAUAUUCUAUGAUUAACUAGUUAAACAUUUGAACCAGUUUUUUUCUUAAUUUUGAACAUCCUUUUCUACUAAGGGCAUCAAAAUAUUCAGAAUGUUACCCUUGAAUGAGACAUUUGACAAGGACAGAAGUGAGGUCUGAACGGUUGUGCUCUUUAACCCCUGAAGCAGUGGACAUGUAUGGAUAAACCAUGUGCACUUUAAAAAUCUGAGUACAGGUUUGUUCCCUUUUUAAAAAAAAAAAAAAAAGUAAAUGUAUGCUUGUUAUAUAUGUACUGUAUGUGCAAUGCAUGACCAGAAGAGAGCAGUGUUUGUAUGAUGUAUUUCUCGUUUUAUUUAUAGGUGGGCUACAAAUAUUACAUUAUUUUAUUUUUAGUGUAAUUUAUCACCCUGAUAAAAUAGCUGAUUUCCUGUUUGCUCUACGACUAUACAGGAAAAUAGACCUCAAGACACAUCAAUUUGUUAGGCCAUCUGAAAAUACAAUUGGAUUGCAGCUAGAUGUCUGAGUUUACAUAAACACUUGAAUUUGAAAUUAGACUGUUAUGUAUAACAAUUUUCAGGCUAUAGGCCUUAAAUCAUUACAUUAUGAUUGUAAUGAUUGAGUUUAGGUUCCAAGUUGUUCGCCUUUCAUCACUAGAGCGUGAAAGGUUUUACGUAUGAUGUGAGAAAACAAAAUGGAGAAUUACCAUAGACAGAAAAAAGUUUGAAUGCGACAACAAAAACAAAAAAAUAAAAUGGGGAAAUGUUUCAAAAUAUCAGACCA